AUGAGUAGGUUUGUACUGGAUACUUCCACAUCUCAAAGCUCUACUGCGAUGAAUAUCCGCAGAUUCAUAAGAGAUACGGAGCUCAGUGAUCAUAAAGCAAAUAGAGAUACAUCUACUUUGCCAUCUACGACGGACCAAUCCAACAAGGAGCCAGAGGAGAAGUAUCUGAUAAACGACAGCCACGAGCCGUCUUUUCAUUUCAUUAAUAAGAGUUUGAUGGACCAAAUCAAUAAAUCAGAUCAUACAGAUAAGAGCCAAAUUUCAGACCAGAUGGGGCCCGUGAAGACAUUUUCGGGCCAACAAGAAAAUGGCAAGAAAGACGUAACUGGGGUAAAUAAAAAUAACGAGAAUAAACAGAAUAGCGAUAAUAAUGGGCAUGAUAAUGGCAAUAAUUCGUAUCAGAACAAAUUGAAAUAUUUGCCCAAUUCUGAUUUCAAAUACGAUAACAGCAACUCGUAUAGCAUGAAUUCGAUGAAUUCGCCAAUAUCGAUACCGAACACAUUCAAAUACAAGUCGCAUCCUAAUGCGAAAACUAAAUCCCAGCUAGGAGUUUCUCAACUGGACAGUCUUCCGGAAGUAGAAGAGCAUUCUAUCCCUAUUCCUACUAAGCACAAAGAUUAUUCGGAGCAUAAUUCCAAUACACCGCCCAUGAAGACUUCCACUAUAAAACACGACCAAGAACAAGAACACAAUUCCUUGAAUAACGCGGAUUUUAAUGCUACACCAGACUGGAUGCCGGAGGAACUUGCUGAUAAAUGGGUACCACCUAAGUCUUUUGAAAUCCAAAACCUCGAAACCAUGGACCAAGGAGAUUUUGGAUCUUCGGUUAGAAUUACAAGACAACCAGACUCAAACCGGGACUUGGAUAUGAAUCUACAAUUUUCUUCUACUAAUACAAUGAUCCACAAUUCAAAGCCUACGGCGAAUGAGACCCCUAUGUGGAAAAAGGCUUCGAAGGAAUACGAGUUAAAUAGAAAAUCACAACCUCAAUUGCAUAAUAUUUUCCUCUCGAUGGACAGUCUGAAAGAAGAAGGUACAAACAUAGAUAAAUCAGCAUAUAGUAGUAGAUAUGUACAAGCUGAAAGAGAACACGAAUCGGAACCAAACAAUAAUUCAGCCUCAUCUACUUUAUCAACACCCAUGGCAUCAAUAUCAAAUAAAAGUGGUACCGCAUUAACAAAGAAUCAGAUAAUUCAAUUGGAGAAUAUUUUAGAGGGAGAGGGUAAAGGCAAACCUAACGAUUUCUUGUUACAUGUCCCAAACCCGGAAUCACCAUUGAAAUUAUUUGGAGAUAAAUAUAAUACUUUUACUAAGGGAAAAUUAACUGAUCUUCUUCAAAAAAUUAACACCAAGACGCCCUCAUCUGUAAUGAAACCACAGCAAAGUGUUGAGAAUAAGAAGAAUAAAUAUGGUGAAGUAAUUCCAGACUCCUCAAAUCCACUCGAAGAACCUCACCUAAGAAUUAAGAAUUUUACAAAGUCUGGAACUUAUACAGAAGAACAAUUUCUACAAAAUGCAAAUAAUAUAUUCAAUAAUAUUCAAAGGAGGGGCUUUAAAAUGAACCAAGACAUCACGCAUGAUAUGAGCCAUGUGGAUGGCAGGCAGCGUUCAUUAUCAUCGGCGGUAAAUUCUCAAUCUACAGCUACUUCAACACCUAAAAAUAUUAAAGUUAAUGAUAUUGAUAAAAUCACGUCCGAAGAUGAGUAUUCAUCUUUUACAAGUGGAUUUGAAGAACAAGAAAGCACAGAAUUUCCACAAUAUAAUACAGAUGGAGGUCAUGCUGAAAUUCAUCAAAAUGAGUAUACUUCGUUUGAUCAAAGCAAUUCUGUGAAAGAUAAUGAAAACGCCAGUUUUUCAAAUUUAUCACCACGUAAUUUACAAGCAUUGCAAAGUGAAUUAACUCAUUCGAACGAAAGCAUAUAUACAAUUGAUGAGGGAUAUACAGAAGAUAGGAACUCUGAUGGAAACUUUGAAGAACCAAACGUAAACCAAAGUAAGAAAUCAGAAGGAAAUCCAAACGAAAUUAAAUAUUUUGCAAACAGACUAGAAGAAUUGGAAAGAAUGAUGAAAGAUCUUAAUGUGAAUGCAUAUCAAGCUGAUAUUCAAAAAUUGGAGAACGAAAAUACCCGGUUGAGAAAUGAGUUAAAAAGAAGACCAGCUAGUAAUGGAAACCAAGAAGAUGGUUGUGAAGUAGUCAUUGACGAUGUUGAUUUUACUAAUGAUGACUUGAGUCAAAUGCAAGAUUUUAUCAAGUGGAAACGGGCAUCCCAAUUGCGGUUGCAAAACAAUAAUUCCUUGAAUGGUUCUCCGAUACUGAAACUGAAAGAGAAGAGUGGCAACCAACAUCCCAUUAUUAGAGGUAGAGUAGAACCCGGAAUUGAAUUACCUGUAGCAUAUGAUAACAUGAUUCUUGAUACAAAGAACCAGAAAUGGAUAGCAAAUGACAAAGAAAAUCAUUAUCACGGCAGUUUAGAUUCGAUUGAAGAUUUGUUGUCACGCUCGGAAGAAAACGAAGAGGGAGAAGAACCUAACAACACAAAGAAUAUUCUUGGUGAGGGUAAACCUUCGACUAAAUCUAGAAAAAUUGGCAGAAGAAAUAAUGAUAGUAAAUUGGAGGUUUCAUUUAAUUUACCUAACAUGACCGAGGAAAUAAAUGAAACAAAUCACGAAGACGAAGACAAGUCCCCAUCAUUGAAUAAUGUUACUCAUAUAUCUCAAAUUAAUGAUAUGACUUUUUCACAAACAAAGAAGAAAUUGGUAGCCGUUAUAACUGACAUUUUAUCAGUUGGACAAAAUUUCAGACCUAUUAACUGGGAGAAAGUAACAGCUAUCGCUAUGACAGGAUAUCAAUUGGACAGUAUAAAAGAUUUGAAUAAGUUUCUUCCGAGGUUGAAUAAUGUGGAUCUCUCAGAUAAUAAUAUUAAAUUUUUAGAUGGACUUCCUAAGAGGGUUCUUAAUUUGAAUGUCUCUCAUAAUGAUAUUGAACAUAUGACAUCUUUCAACAAAUAUCAUGAUUUACAACAUUUGAACGUAUCAUUUAAUAAAUUGACUAAUCUUUCAAACGUGAGUAACAAUAUUCAUUUAGCGGAAUUGACCGCGCUUAAUAAUAAGUUGGUAUCUAUGGAUGGCAUCAGAAAAUUAGAAAAUUUGACAAGAGUCGAUGUCUCUCAGAAUGAUUUGAUGGGAGAAAUUGAUUUUGCAAACUUUAAACUAGUAAACUUACAAGAGCUAAACAUUUCAGAGAAUAGUAUCCAGUCAUUAAGCGGUUUAGAAUGUUUACCCAGGUUAAGAAUAUUGAACGCAAAUGAAAACCAAAUUAUGCAUAUCUCAUGUUUGGAGAAACAUUCACACUUGAAGAAAAUGCUUCUUAAACUGAAUAACUUACAGAAGUUAAAUCUUGAACCAUAUCCAUUUAUAAGAUGUCUAAGGAUUGAUGGGAAUAAUCUAAACGUGGUUACUGAUUUCAAGAAAUUGAGAUAUUUGGAAGAACUCUCUUGCAAAUCUCAAAAUAAUUCUGAUGUGAUAAAUAAUAUGUUGAACGGAUCUAGCGAUAUACUGAAGUUAGAUUUAUCUGGUAAUGUUCAUUUUGAUUUAUUUCCUAAUAAUCCAAAUGGCAAUGGAUUAAAUCAUAAUAUUCAUUACAAACCAUUCUUGAAUUUAAAUGUUUUAGUGUUAUCAGCAAUGAAUCUUUCCAAACUCCCAGCUGAUUUUGCAUCUUCAUUUCCAAAUAUCAGAGAAUUGAAUUUAAAUUUUAAUAAUUUAAGCAACAUUUCAGCGUUAUCAAAAAUGCAAAACAUAAAGCGGUUAUAUAUGGUGAGUAACAACGUGAGAGAAAUAGGGAGUGUGGUUGAGAGCUUAAAGGGUGUAAGAAAUACCUUGAGGAUAUUAGAUUUAAGAUUAAAUCCUAUCAACAUAUUGGUUUACCCUUAUGUUUUUAACCCUCAGGAAUUGGACUAUUUACAAUUGGAAAUAGGUAAUAAGACUGAGGGAGCACCGAUACAAUUAGAAACAUUAGAUGAUAUUGAGAGCUUUGCAAUCCACUAUGAAUCAUUGACCAGAAAUCAUGAAGAUUGGUCUGAAAGAGAUUCUAAGUUUCUCUCUCAUUUGAAAUCCGAUGCAAAUCUGGAAAAAGCAAAACAUAGAUAUAAUUAUGAAACUUUAUUGAUAAAUUUCUUCAACCACCUAAGAAAACUAGAUGGAGGCAUGAUAACAUACAAUAAGAGAGUUUCAUUAGCAAAUAAGUCUAAAUUGGAGGAUGUGCCAGGCUUAAUUCAGUCAUAA